CUUCCUUUCCCUUCCUUUCCCUUCCUUUCCCUUCCUUUCCCUCGUCCCUUCCCUGCAUACCUUUGAAGAACGCAAUGGCCUCUAGCAAAAUUACUUCGGCUAAUCUACUCGAUUCAUUGAAGCAACAGUUCAGCGAUUUCGACAAGUUUCAGCUCAACCACAAACAAGAAGGAUUUCUUCAAAAGAACCUCGAUGUGUUAGAGAGAAAGACCACUUUCCAAAACACUGUUAGCAGCUCGAGAUACAACAAAAAGCGCACGAUAUUGCUAGAUAUCUAUAAAACGCAUGGCUAUGAAGCCUUCUUCUUGUGCGUUUUCGGUUUGGCCCCAUCUGCCCUGGAAAAGUCAGACGCCCCAUCUUUUAUCAGUUUGUUCCGCGCAUGGUGGAAUGAGGUUACUGUCCCUGCGGAGUUUACCAGCUUCAUCACACAGCUCAAGACUGAAUAUCACAACAAAAUUAGGAACCUCCCACCACGAAAUGAUGACACUUCUAGCCUGAACCACGAGCCAACCCACGAACCAAACCACCGAACAACCCGCGCAACAACCUACGAACAAAGCCACAAUGAAGGUGUUGGGUUCCAGCAAUCGCAUUGUAAUAUAGGCAUAGGCAAGGAUAGCAGUAGCUCAAGUGCCCUCGCCUAUCCUAUUGAGCACUCUGCGACCGGCCACCGCAAGCGAAGCCAUGACGAAGCUUUUCCGAACGCGAACUAUGACGACGACGACGCUAGCACAUCGGGGGUGAACAACGGUUUCUUACAUCCACCCGUAGAAGGACCUAUGGGUGGGCUUGUGUACAAGCUGACACCAAUGGACGGCGUAAAAAUCAUUGCGAACGGUGAUAUAGACAUUAUUUUGACUAUGCCGUUCAGUAAUGCAGCCCCUUUUGUAACUAUGAGGAUUUCUGCCGGCAUUGCUAGAGAUCUUAUCACCAAGCGGCCAAACAUCAUGUAUACUAUCUCUGAUCCAUCCUAAUCUGCUCUUCGAAUAAUCCCAAUCUUGCACUUUCCAAAGCAGGUAUGUUGAAGCUCUUUUUCU